UGAACAUUUGAUUUUUGAAUGAUGUAGAAACCCAUUUUAAUUAAAUUGUGUUUACUUAUUGUUAUGUUUUAUGGUAGGUUUUAAAUCAAUAAUUAUAAAUUUUAAUGUAAUAUGGGACGUAAAUCCUGUGUCGAACGCAUAUAGCGUUGAUAUUAAAUGUGACGAUUUCUGUCAAGAAUGAUUAUGGCAGAAAGGGCCGAUCACACAAUUAACAAGAACGACAAGGCUCUCUCAGAUGAUGAUCAAUUAUCAAUCUCAGAUGUUGAGCAACAUCUUGCUUCUACAUCAGCUACUUCACUAGACACAAACAAAAAUGAUAAUGAAACUGAAAAGGCUGUGCUCAAUAUAACAGGCCCAUUUGAAAAUCAGCGACGUGAGGAAAACCCAUUUUCAUUCAAACAUUUCUUGAAACGUGAAACUCCAUCUGCUAGUAACUGCGCAAGUACAUCCUCUGCUAGCACCUAUUCUAUUGGCCCUGCAAGUCACACAGGUGCAAAACCUAAAAUUUUUACAAACACAGGAUUAGCCACUGAUGUUUUAAAAACAGAGAAAUGCAAUCACGCGGCUUAUCAAAAACGUUGUGAGCAUUGUUGCCCACAAUAUUUUAAAGCUCUUGGAAAAACAAAUUCAGUUGAAAAUAUUGCACUAUCCAAUGUUGAUAAUCAUUUGAAGAAUUUAUUCAGAUCAUAUUCUGACCGUGAUACAAAUUAUAUGCCAGUAGAAUAUUCACCACACGAUUCUGUUAAAGCUAAUCACUCAGGAGCAAGGAUUGCUUCAAGUGAGUUCUCAUCUGCAUUGCCUGACUUUGUUCAAGAUCAUAUAAUCCUUGAGCAAUGGUAUUCUGGUUUUGAUAAUCCUUUAUCUACAGAAAAUGUGGAAAGAGAGAUAAAAUCAGUAUUUUCUCCAUUUGACAAAGAUUAUAAUAAAAAGAAUUUAAAGAAACCUAAAGAUGUGACCUCAACAAUUAAUAAAGAAGAAAAUAGAGGGCCAUUAAGAGCACCUUUAGAUUUACCAAUAAAUGAUAGUCCACCGAUAAAUGCAGCUAAUCCAUUAGAUUUGCCAGCAGCUAUAUCCUUAGAUUUAACAGGAAAUGUCAAGGAUGUGAUUAUGCACCAGGAUUAUAAUGGGAUGCAAGAAGUUCCUCACAUACUUCCUGAUUUCUUGUCAGAUGGAGCAAUACACUCAGAUAGACUUGCUGAUUUGGUUCAAACAUCACCAAAAGGACAAGCAGGGGGCAUGGAAGAAAGCGAUAGUGAGGAUAUUAGUGAAACUAUUAGUAGAUUAUCAUUGGAAAAUAAUAGGUUGCGAAGAGAGUUAGAUCACUGUAGAAGACAGAUUUCAGAACAGUCCGGCCAAAUAUCUCGUUUACAAUCUGAGUUAAGUAUUAGCCAAAAAAAUGAAGGACAAUAUACAACAAAAUUAGCUACAGCUUUGGAAACAGUUGAAAAAAAUAUGGCACGGAGCAAUAAAAGGGCAAUAGAUGCUGAAAGUACAGUUGCAAAGCUUAAGAAACAGAUUUCACAAAUGACGUCAGAGAUGAUGGUUCUUCGAAAUGAAAAUACAUCACUGCGCUAUGGUCCAGCUGCAAAUGAUUCCAAUAGCAUGAUGAGAUUAUCAAAUGAGUUGCGAACUGCAGCUAGUACUGCAGAGUCAUCACUGAGGCAACUAUUAACGGGUGUUGAUAAUUUAAGGACUCUUGCUAGUUCUUUAGAAAGCUCUAACCGAAUAUUUGAACCUUCUGAUGACAAUUUUUGCGAAAAUGAAGAUGAAGAUGCCGGUCCUGCACUAUAAUGUGUAGUGAAUAAAUUUGAUCAUUCAAAUUGUCUUUGGUAUUAAAAUAAAUAAUUACUAGUUUUAUAUGCUACAUUUUAUAUACAUGUAUAAACAAUAUAAAUAUAGUAGAGCUCGGCGGUAUCCCCUGUGAGACAAGCUCAUUCUGAUUUUUUAUAGAGGGGUUCAUUUUCUUCUUUAUACAUUUUUGUAUAUGCUAUAUAAAUCAAUUCAUUAUACAUCAAUUAAUUUUUUUUAUGUAUGUAUUGAAUUGUAUAUAUGUUUUAUGUAUUAUUUUCUAUAUGUAUGUAUAUAUAGAAAUUUUCCUAUUAAUGUAUUGUUGUGAAAAUUUAUGGGAUUGAUAUCAACAGCAAAAGUUACAAAAUGCUUAAAACAGUAAUUUCCAUUUAAAAGCGGAAAUGAUCCACUGAGACUGACAACAAAUGGAAUUUAACC